AUGGCCGUGUCGAUACAAGACCGAACGGACGAGUUCCGCGCCAUCCUUGCACAAGCGCAACGAAAGCAAGCACAUUCCAAAGUCGGCGCACAGCGACAGUCCCUUCUGUCUGCUCAGCAGAAGGCCGACGCAGAUGGCUCUGGUCCCAAGAGGCAGCGCUCUGAGUUCGCGCGGCAGGCCGCGGAGGUCGGGCGCGGCAUCUCGGGCACGAUGGCGAAACUCGAGCGAUUGGCACAAUUGGCGAAGCGCAAGACUCUGUUCGAUGAUCGGCCAGUAGAGAUCAACGAACUCACAUUUGUGAUCAAGCAGGACAUGGCACAACUCACUUCACAGAUCAAGAGUCUGCAGGGGCUCACCGCGAAGCAACAUCCGACGUCCAAGACUGCAGAUCAGGAGGGGGAGCACAGCCGGCAGGUUGUCAAGCUCUUGAACGAGCAGCUUCAGGGCGUAGGAGGGAACUUCAAGGAGGUGCUCGAGAUUCGGACCAAGAACAUCCAGGCCUCGCGAUCUCGACAAGACGCAUUUGUUUCGUCUGCCGCAUCGCAUUCACAGACCAGCUUGGACCCUAACCGUACGGACUCGCCUCUCUAUCAGACGCCCCAGCGCGGCCGUUCGCCUGGAGGCUUUCAGACCACCAAUGCGGCACAACAGGAUUUGCUAUCGCUUGAGCCUUCAGGUUCUUCUGCUUUGUCCCGCGGACCACAGACAGAUGCGCAACUCCUGCUCAUGGAAGAAGCGCAGCCGCAGAACGCAUACAUCCAGCAGCGUGGGCAGGCAAUAGAAUCGAUCGAGAGCACCAUUACAGAACUUGGCAGUAUAUUCGGCCAAUUGGCACAGAUGGUCUCGGAGCAAGGCGAGCAGAUCCAGCGGAUUGACGCUAAUACCGAGGAUGUCGUCGACAACGUCGAGGGCGCACAGCGGGAGUUGAUGAAGUACUGGAACCGUGUUCAAGGGAACCGGUGGCUUGUGGCCAAGAUGUUUGGCGUCCUGAUGAUAUUCUUUCUACUCUGGGUUCUCAUCGCAGGGUAG